AUGGAGACCGCUGCUUUUACGGCAGCAAUUUCAACAGACGUAUCAACAGAGCAUAGUUAUUGUGACUGGUCCGUCGCCACAAUAGUUGCAAUCACAAGCAUAACCUAUAUUAAUUUUCAAUCUAAUGCUGCAAAUCUAAAGUGCGUCUUAUCGAAAAAUGCAAAUAAGCAGGAAGUACAUGAUGCUGCCAAAAUUCACUCAUUGAUGAAGAUUCCACUUAAGACUAUCUACUGCAACCUAAAAAAAAUUGAAGAUACUAGUGAUAUCAAAUGUAAAAGUGGUAGUGGUCGUAUCAAAAAAAUAAUGCCAAAUACUUUUGAACAAUUGGAGAAUAUAUUCGAAGACAACCCACCCUUCCUGCUGAUUCUAUUGCAAAAAAUUAAAGAAUAUUGGAGUAGAUGGCAGUUCCAGCAAGACAACGAUCCUAAGCAUAUUAGUCAUAUUGCUAAGGAAUUUCUAGAUAAUAAUGUCCCAGUGGUUAUGGACUGGUCUUCUAAUAGUCUGGCUUAA